GUCAACUUCAUAAUGUACAUUAGCGCCAUCUCGUCCAUUUCCUGUCCUUUUACAUGUGGAAAAUCCAAAAAUGAAGAUCGGACUGUGUGCUUUUAGUGGCUACAAAAUUUACCCCGGCCACGGGAAAACAAUGGUCAAAGUCGAUGGAAAGACAUUCACAUUCCUCGACAAGAAAUGCGAGAGAUCCUACUUGAUGAAGAGGAAUCCGCGCAAGGUGACCUGGACAGUGCUCUACAGGCGGAAGCACAAGAAGGGUACCGAAGAGGAAGCCGUGAAGAAGCGUUCCCGACGUACGCAGAAAUUCCAGCGAGCAAUUGUUGGUGCCUCCCUCACGGAAAUCCUCGCCAAGAGGAAUAUGAAGCCCGAAGUGCGAAAAGCUCAGCGUGAACAGGCUAUCAAGGCUGCCAAGGAGCAGAAGAAGACCACAAAGGCUGCGAAGAAGAUUGAAAAGGCCCCGCCAGCAAAGUCUAAGCAGCAGCAGAAGCAGAAGGCCGCCAAGAUUAGCCAGAAGGCUGCUCCUCGUGUUGGUGGCAAGCGAUAAGCUAUUCCUCAAUGGCUGAGAAAAACAUUUUAACAAAUAAAAGAGUCCUCUCUGAAAAA